AUGGAAAACGGGGCCAGAACGAUCCUGCAGAAACUUCCUGAUGAAAACAGUUGGUCAGCGUCAGCCCUUCCCAAGUUUGAACGGGCGGCCGUGGAACCCCUGCCGGGCUCCAGAGCGUCUCCACGGCUGGCUGACGCCUGCAGCGCCUGCGCGCAGCCAACAGGAGGGGCUCCGAAGUCCACCGUCCCGGGGAGGCUGCUGGGUUCAGAGGACAAUCCCUCUACACAGUCCUAUCUGGCAGAAACCGUCCAGAUUAGCUAUUCAGGAGUCAAGCGCGACAAAUUUACACCUUUCCCCUUUGGUGUUAGCCACCCCUCCCCCACCCGCCAGUUCUGCAUCCGGGCGCGGUUGCGGUGCCUCCUUUGCAGCGGGUUCCAGGUCUGCAUCCCCCAAGACGGGGAAAAACAAAAAGAAAAAGAGGGUGGCUUCUUUGUUCUUUCACCAACGCGGGGCCGCCCGCCCGCCCGCGCUCCCCCGCCCGCCGCGCUCCAGGGCGGAGUUUCCUCCUCUGCUCAUUGUUCGCGGCCCAGCGCCCGCCCAGCAGCCGCCCCGCCCGGCCCGGCAGCCUCCGCCGCGGACGCGCUCCUGGGGGAGGGGGCGGAGGCCGGCGCGGACGGGACGGGGCGGGAGUCGCCGCAGCCGCCCGCGGACCCGCAGCCGCGCAGACACCGCCCGGGACGCAGCCGCCGCCGGUCCUCUGCUGCUGGCUCUGCGCCCCAGUCCAGCUCUGCGGCAGGGAGGAGGGGCCGCCGGAGCGCGACUCGGGAGCCUCGGGCCAUCGCCAGGCCGCGGGAGCCACCGCCAGGACUCCCAGAGCGGCGCCCACGCUCCCGCCACCCAGACGCACGGACCCUGCGCCAGCUCUGCAGCCACCUGCUCCGGGCCUGCGGCGAGGACACGAUGCGCUCCGCGCUGGCGCUCUCAGUGCUGCUGCUGCUGCUGCCGUCGUCGCUUUCUGAGGAUGACCCAGCCCAGCUCGACAACUCAAGUGCCACAAUAAAACCUACAACUGCUGUCAAGCAAGACCUCCCUACUGUCAGUAGCACGACUAGCACGACAGUGACAACCGGCUCAGCCACUCCUAAGUUGGUCACAGAUCCAACAUCUAUUGGCCCAAGAGUGACAGACCCAGCACAGGGAAAAAGUCCCCCAACGACCAAAGACCCUGUGGUGUACUCAACCACAGCUCAGCAGAGACCCACUACGUUGUCCACUGGCCUGAGUGAGAAACUCAACAAGGAUAGCCCUACUAUAACAGCCAGCGGCUUCCACGACAGCAAAACUUCAUCUCUAUUCCACGUGGUCCCAACCAGCACUGAAGCCACAAGUCAACAGGACAGAAUCAAAGAGAUAACCAUCUCUGGAGGCCAGACGACCACUAACUCCAUGACCACUCCAGGAAGCAUCCAGUCAGCCCACCAAUCUACAGACCCAGUUAGCACCUUAAAACCUACCCCUGCUGCCUCAGCACCCAAUACAGGAAGCCCUAGCCAAUGGACUGAUGUUACUUCAGUGACCUCGGCGAACUCUCUCAAGGGACACCACAGCCCUGCCACAGUGUCCAGUAGCUCAGGCUCUGUGACCAGCCCUGGUUUCACCUCCUCCACCCAGGGGAUACCCAUCACACCCACACCACUGGGUGCCUCUCAAGAUACUCAGCAGAACUCUAGCCAGGUGCCAUUCAGCCCAGACCUGCCCUCUGCCAUGAUGCCGCAGUCCACGAGCACUCUGGUGGAAACUGGGAGCAUGCCUGCUUUUUUGGGACCCACAAGAUCCAGCACUGACUUGGCUCCAACGACCCCCCAAGGCCCCAGCACCCCCUCUCCCACCUGGACUCUUGGGCGUAACAAGGUAAAGUGUGACCCUGCCAUUAAGCCCAGCGAAGACCUGCUCAUCCUAAACCUCACAGCAGCCAGCUUCUGUGCAGGGAGCCCUCCGGAUGACAGACUGGUCACUCUGCUGUGCCAAUCAGUCAAAACCAGCUUCAACCCUGCUCAAGAUGAGUGCACUGUACAGGUGGCACCUGUUCUCGAGAGCCAGGCGGUGGCAGUGAAAGGAAUCACUAUUGAGACCAAGCUGCUUCCCAAGGAUGUAUAUGAACGGUUGAAGGACAAGUGGGGUGACCUGAGAGAGGCGGGAGUCAGUGAUAUGCAGCUGGGGAACGAGGGCCCACCAGAUGAUGCUGAGGACCACUUCAGCAUGCCCCUCAUCAUCACCAUCGUCUGCAUGGCAUCCUUCCUGCUGCUCGUGGCAGCCCUCUAUGGCUGCUGUCACCAGCGUCUUUCUCAGAGGAAGGACCAGCAAAGACUCACAGAGGAGCUGCAGACAGUGGAGAAUGGUUACCAUGACAACCCAACCCUGGAAGUGAUGGAGACCACUUCCGAGAUGCAGGAGAAGAAGGUGGUCAACCUUAAUGGGGAGCUGGGGGACAGCUGGAUCGUCCCCUUGGACAACCUGACCAAGGAUGACCUUGAUGAAGAGGAAGACACACACCUCUAACUGCGUUGCUGGCCGCUUCAGAUAGUGCCAUAGAGCUCUGGACUGACCACCCAAAGUGCCAUUUGGACAGGGGAGGAAAGUCCCUCCCCAUUUGAGGAGGGAGACUGAGGAGGGAGCAUGGACUGAGGAUUACCUCCUUCAAUCCCCCAAGGGCCUUAAUUUUUCCCUUUCAAGCUGAACAAAUCACAUUCUGUCUAGAUUCCUCUUGUAAAAUAACCCACUAGUGCCUGAGCUCAGAGCUGCUAGAAGGUAAGUGGGAGGGAGAUGGAGAAAGAGCCAUAGAAGGGACUUUAGAGACCUUCCAGUUGAAACCCUUCAUCUUGCAGGUGAGAUGACUUGAGGCCUAAAGAGACUUGCCAAGUGACUUGCACAGGGUCACACAACCCCUUGGUGACAAAUUCCGCCUUUUGGUUCAGUGUGUGUUUGUUCCAUGCCACACUGCUGUUCCCACUACUCAGGGCUGCCCCAGGCAGGGGUGAUG